GAAAACUCGAUGCCAACGCGGAAGUGUGUGCCAUGUUUCUGAUCAAAUGGAUAAAUGAAGAAGAGAAAAAUAAUUACAUAGAAAUGUAAAAGUGCUUUAUGCAUCUGUGCUGUCCAUCUGGAAUCAUCAUGUCCUCAGCUGGUCCAUUACAGUCGUCAAUUCGGCGUCUUAUGGCAGGGGAUGAAGCCGGGAUGACGAGUGAACGUGGGAGUUACUUCUCAGACAGACAUGCUGGUCUGCUGCUGGCACAGAUGAACAAGAUGCGUCUCCGCUUGGACUUUUGUGACGUGAGGCUGCUGGUGGGCGGGCGUGUGUUUGGGGUCCACAGGCUGGUGCUGGCUGCCGGCGGCCCUUAUUUCUCUGCUCUGUUUUCUGGAGCAAUGAGUGAAGCCUACGAGGAGGAGGUUCGGAUCACUGGAGUGGAAGCUGAUGUAUUUGAAAUGCUCCUGGAGUUUAUUUACACUGGUACGCUGGUGUAAUGGCUCUAUUGAUGUGACAGUGGACACUGUGCAGGAGCUGAUGGUGGCUGCAGACAUGCUGCAGUUGAAUGAGGUGGUGGAGAUAUGUGGAGAAUUCCUCCGAACACACAUGGACCGCUCAAAUUGUGUGGGGAUCUAUCAGUUCCUGGAGCAGAUCGCCUGUAUGGACCUCUUGCAGUUCACUGAAGACUACAUCCACGUUCACUUUUUAGAGAUUUGCUCUUCAGAGGAGUUCUCAGUGUUGUCUAAAGAUCAGCUGGUGAAGUUGCUCCGUAGUGAGGAGCUCUGGAUCGAGGAUGAGUAUCAGGUGUUCAGUGCUGCCAUGGACUGGCUGCAUCAUGACGUGCCUCACAGGAAGAAGCAUGUAGUGGAGGUCCUGGAGCCUGUGCGCUUCCCUCUGCUGUCACCACAGAGACUCUACAAAUUUAUAGAGGGAAUUUCUGACUUCAGUUUGCGAGUUGCAUUGCAAACCCUGUUGAGAGAAUAUACAGAAGUCAACAAGUCCCCGAAAGAGAACAAACCAUUCAGCCUUCUGCAGACCGCCAAAACCCGACCCAGGAUAAAAGCCCGCAAGUACCUCUAUGCCAUUGGUGGUUACACUCGUUUUCAGGGUGGCCGCUGGAGUGACAGUCAAGCGUUGAGCUGCGUUGAGCGAUUUGAUUCGUUUAGUCAGAAUUGGAUCACCGUGUCAUCUCUGCAUCAAGCCCGAAGUGGUCUAGGGGUGUCAGUACUCGAGGGUAUGAUCUAUGUAGUUGGGGGAGAGAAAGACUCCAUGAUCUUUGACUGUACGGAGCGCUAUGAUCUAGUGACUAAGCAGUGGGCGGCAGUGGCAUCUCUGAACUAUCCACGCUGUGGAGUGGGAGUCUGUUCUUGUCAUGGAGCACUUUAUGCUCUUGGUGGCUGGAUUGGUUCAGAAAUUGGGAAGACCAUGGAAAGAUAUGACCCAGCAGAAAAUAAAUGGGAAGUUAUUGGGAAAAUGGCCGUGCCUCGAUAUUACUUUGGCUGCUGUGAGCUGAAAGGCUUCAUCUAUGUGAUUGGUGGCAUCAGUGAUGAAGGCAUGGAGCUGCGCUCGGCUGAAGUUUAUGACCCUAUCUCUCGGCGCUGGAGUGCCCUGCCUAUCAUGGUGACCCGACGGGCGAAUGUGGGUGUAGCUAGUCUCAAUAACUGCAUCUAUGCUGUAGGAGGCUGGAACGAGGCCCUGGGCUCACUGGACACUGUUGAAAAGUACUGCCUGGAGGAGGAGAAGUGGGUGGAGGUGGCAUCGAUGGCGGUCCCGCGUGCUGGUGUGACAGUUGCAGCUGUUAAUGGUCUCUUGUAUGCGGUCGGUGGUCGAACCUCUAGCCGAGACUUUUCAGCACCGGUCACUGUAGACUCUGUUGAAGUCUAUGACCCACACCAGGACACAUGGACGGAGAUUGGUAACAUGAUCACUAGCCGCUGUGAUGGUGGUGUGGCUGUGCUCUGAUUGGCUGCAUCUCACAGUUUACAUUUACUAAUUUAUGUUUUCGUUCUUGCCCAGCACUUACUCAUCUCAACUGUUAUAACUGAUUAUACAGUGUUAAACUUGUCAUCAUUUUUAACUUAUUGAAGACCGACACCUGUUGUAAUCAAUCUAAUGUGUAAAACUGUAAAGUUGAGGACACACGUGGUUAAGUUAAUUGUAAAAAGAGCAGUGUGGGUAUAACAUUUUUAACACCACUUGUGCGUUAUAUUUGACAGUUACCACAAGCAAUUCAAAUGUUUUAAAAUGCUCAUUGUGCUUUUAUUUUGAGAGUUGUUUGCCACUAAGUUAACUAUGAUUCUGAGUGUGAAUUAUUGCUAAUAUUUAAGAUUUGACAAUAAAUAACCUGCCUAAAAGGUCAGUCAUUUCACCCAUUGAGUCAGAGCUCCUUUAUGUAUCAUUGUUUGUGGUGUCAUUAUCACUAUCUGUUCUCUUUUAUUGGUGAGCUGCUUUGCAUUGAUUGAUUCCUGUUUCACAUUUGUCUUUCAGGUCAAAAUGUUUUGUUACAUUUUGCACUUUCUUCUAAUUUUACUUUUUUGUUCUUUGUUUUUCACUGUCUAACCCCCUAGGGUUUAUGGAAAUCUGCUUGAUGGUUGUAAAAUAUUUUUAAAUAAUAAAUUAAAAUGAUAGGAUUUGUUGUAUUUGUAUAGAAUAUAAACCAAUGUUUUGCUAAGUCUGUCUAGGGGUGCUGGGUAAGAUCAUCAAGUAAAGACGCGAACUAUAACACCUGGAGUCGUGAGUUUGAAUCCAGGGUGUGCUGAGUGACUCCAGCCAGGUCUUGUAAGCAACCAAAUUGGCCCGGUUGCUAGGGUGGGUAGAGUCGCAUUGGGUUAACUUCCUCUUGGUCCUUAUAAUGUUGUUUGCUCUCGAUGGGGUGCCAGGUGAGUUGUGUGUGGAUACCGCAGAGAAUAGUGUGAGCCUCCACACACACUAUGUCUCCACAGUAACGUGCUCAACAAGCCACGUGAUAAGAUGCGCGGAGACAACUGAGAUUCAUCCUCCGCCACCCAGAUUGAGCGCAUUGUUAAUUGGGCAUUCCAAAUUGGGGAGAAAAAAAUAAAAAAUCACAAUUCAACAGCGGACCAUGAAUUUUGAAUGCCUAGUCUUGACAUUUUGGUUCCACAGAUAUAGAGCUGAAAUUAGACCAUGGUUGACUUUGUGUUGGGGGGUCAAAAAUAUAAAUGUACAAAAAGCAUUAUUGAAGAAAUGUAAAGUUUAAACAAAUAAUAAUAAAAACACUUUUUAUAUUUA